ACUCAAAACUGGAGUCAAGAAUUUCAAAGAAACACCUACAUCCUUCCCCGCCACUUAAAGUCCAUCACCAUAUAAGCAAGCUCACGGCCACUGGUUUUAAUUUUUCUUUAUACUGUUCGCUAUAUCGACAAAAUGACUAGCAACCUCUCAUCUCGAAUUACACCACGGCCUGGCGAGCUUCCAGACGCAAAGCGGGACGCUCUAAGGGCCUUCGAAGUUUUGAAAGAGGGCGGCGUCAUAAUCGCCCCAACGGAUGUCGGAUACGGUAUGAUGGCCGCAAGCGCCGAGGCGAUCGAACGUAUCUUCAUCGCCAAGAAGCGAAAAGCAGGGCAUUCCAUGGGCAUCAUUGGAACAUACGACCUUCUCAAGCGACUAUACGAUCUUCCAGAUGAGAAAUACACCAUCGUCCGAACGUUCACAGAAGAACUAGGAUUGACGGUUGCUUUCGUUGGAAAGAUGAAAGAGUCAGCGCAUGAGCUCAUCCCGAAUGUUGAGCGGGUUGUCAAGAACGGUACUUUAGGUUUCGCAAUCGGCGAAGGUCCUUUCUCACGGGAACUUGCGCGGCUAAACGAUGAGAAUGGUUUGGUUAUGGUAGGCAGCAGUGCCAACCUCACGGAUCAAGGACAGAAGUUUCGAGUUGAAGACAUUGAGUCUGAGAUUAUUGAAGCAGCUGAUUUGGUUGUCAACUACGGUCGGCAGAAGUGGCAUUUGUAUGGGAGGGCUGGGACUAUCUUGGACUUGAAUAAUGAACGUGUCUUGAGGAUUGGGGCAAACUAUGAGAAUAUAAGGGAGAAGUUGAUUGAUUUGUUCGGAUGGAGUGCUCCAGAAGAUCCGGACUACGAUAUGACCGGGAAGAAGACGAUUGGCUUCUCAAUCAAGGGAGAUUCAGGCAGUUAAGACGUGAGCACAGAAUAGUCGAGGAAAAUGCGAGGUGGUUGCAAACUCAUAAGUCUUAUAUAUGUAACUGUAAAUGGAUGGUAUAUGUCCAGACUCCGUA